UUCUACGCUGAUAUGGAUAUUGAUAUAUUUAAUCAAACUCAAUAUUGUAUAGAUAAAUUUAAAAAAAAAUAUGUAGAUAAAUUUAAAAUAGAAUUAGAAAAUGGCACAUUAAACGUAAUACCUUCGAAAGUAAAAUUUACUUUCGAUUCUGAUAAUUUUAAAAUUCAAGAAAAAACAAUAGAAAUUGCAAACUACUUUUCGAAACCAUGUCCCAUUCAAUUUUUACCACUAGAAACUCAAUAUUUUAGAAUUAAAAAUAUUUCUCAAAGAAUAAUAUGGCUUAAUCCUGGAUCGGUUUUCAAAAUAAAUAUUCUAUUUAUACCUGAUGAAAAUAAAAAUUAUGAUGAUGUUUUAAAAAUACGGUAUUUGAAUAAUCAAAUGAUGCAAAUAAAAGUUUGUGCAAAAAUGAAACCUAAAUUUUCAUUUCCUACUACUAUCAAUUUUGGAAAUGUACCACUUGGUCGAAUGGCUUAUUAUAAAAUACCAAUAUAUUCUCAUGCAGAAAAAGAAAUUUCUUUCUCAAUUAUAUUAUCUAACGAAGAAUCAUGUGUCGACAUUUAUCCUCGAUGGGGUCAUAUAAAACCAAAGGAAAAACCAGUAACAAUUAUGGUUAUUUAUAAACCACUUCGAUAUAUAAGUAUGAAUUUUCAAAUUCGAAUAUUCAUAUCAGAUUUAUGCAAAAUUCCAUAUGUUAUAAAUUUCUAUGCGUAUACUCGACCAGGCCUUUUACGGAGCAUUGGGUACCAUUUUAUUUCAAACUAUGGAUCAGAAAAUGAAAAAGUUAAAAAAAUUUUUAGUAAAAGUAGAAGAUUAUUAUCAAAAAAAUGA